ACGGGUGGGUAGCAACAGUUGCCCGGGUGAGGACGAGGCGCCAUAGUCACGGUAGUCGUGGCGACAAGAACCAAGCAACGAGAAUCAACAACAACAACCAGAAUCAUUAAGAAACAAACUUUAACACCAAAGCCAGGAAUAUUCCAGUGGGAAUUUGAGAGUGGUGGUCUUGGUCCAGCCGUGGCGGUAGUCAUGGCGACCCCAGGCUACACAGAAGAGCUCCAGCCGGCCCCCCAGCCCAACGCUGUCACCAUAGCAACGCAAUCAGCCACACCCUCCCGCUCCACGCCAACCCAGUUCAACCAGUCAGUGUCCAUCGUCUCCACAGCCGGACAGGACAAACUUCCUGCUCAAGCCACGCCCACCAAGACCCAGAAGACAGUGGUUCUUGCCACUCCUUCUCAGACUCCGUUUGUUACCGCGGAGAUCCAGAGUUCUGCCGUUCAGCAGAGUAACGGACAGAGUUCCACACCGCAGUACAUCGUAGUGACCGUUACAGAUGGCUCUCUCCAUUCUAGUGACAGUGUAUCAGACUCCAAUCCUCCAGUAGUAGUGGUUCAGACAGGGGUCUCCACCCAGGUAGUACAGCAGACCACCCAACAGGUGCAGCAGCAGGUUUACUCCAGUCAGUAUGUGGAGGGAGAGGACUCUUCUUACACCACCUCUACCAUUCGUUCUGGCAGCUACCCGUACUCCGACUCCCCCCUCUACUCCCAGACCCCUCCCUCUUCCUCCUCUUCCUACUACGAGUCCACGCCCACCUCGGGGUCACAGGUCACUAACUCCGUGACUUCACAGUCGGUCUCCGUCUCCGCGGCAACGGGAGGAGGUGGGAGUGGUUACGUCAUCCAGGGAGGAUACGUAUUGGGAGGUGGGGACUACUCCAGUCACAACACCAGAGCAGCCCCCGCCACAGUACAGUGGCUGCUGGAUAACUACGAGGGUGCAGAGGGGGUCAGUCUGCCUCGCUGUACCCUCUACUGCCACUACCUCUUACACUGUCAGGAUCACAAGCUAGAACCUGUCAACGCUGCCUCCUUCGGCAAACUCAUCAGAUCUGUCUUCAUGGGGCUGAGGACCAGACGCCUGGGCACACGAGGGAACUCCAAGUACCACUACUAUGGUCUUCGUAUCAAGGCCACCUCCUCUCUGCUCCGUCUGAUAGACGACCACCAGCACCUCGCCUUGAGACAGCAGCCCUUCUCUCAGAAAAACAGGGUAAAGCCGGUUCUGAAGGUGGAGGGCAUGUCCAAUGGGAUGUCUCUGGGGGCGGGGCAGCAGCAGGGGGCGGGGCUCAGUGACAUCUCAGCUCAAGUGCAACAAUACCAGCAGUUCCUGGACGCGUCGCGGGCGCUGCCUGAGUUCCCAGAGUUGGAUCUGCAGGACAGACCUCUUCCUGAUGGGAUCGUUCCAGAACACAUCGCUGCCUUCCAACAGCUCUACAGGGAACACUGUGAGGCCAUUCUGGAUGUGAUGGUGAACCUGCAGUUCACUCUGGUGGAGACGCUGUGGAAAACCUUCUGGAGGUUCAGCGAGAGCAUCGACGCAGACACACUCGGCGUUCAUGGUGAGUCAGAGGAGCGUCUACCUAAGUGGUACCUGGUGGUGCUGUGUAAGUACCAGCCAGUUGUUCACUGGACCAGAGACUGUGACAACACACUGUACCAGACCCUGGUGGAGAUCCUCAUCCCUGACGUAUUACGACCCAUCCCCAGUGCCUUAACUCAAGCUAUCCGUAACUUUGCCAAGAGUCUAGAGAGCUGGCUGACAAGCGCCAUGAUGAACAUACCAGAGGAGAUGGUCCGCAUGAAGGUGAUGUGUGCGGGGGCGUUUGCCCAGACGCUGCGUCGCUACACCAGUCUAAACCACCUGGCCCAGGCAGCCAGGGCCGUCCUCCAGAACACCGCCCAGAUCAAUCAGAUGCUGAGUGACCUCAACAGAGUUGACUUCACUAACGUGCAGGAACAGGCGUCGUGGGUGUGUGGUUGUGAGGAUGGUGUGAUCCAGAGGUUGGAGCAGGACUUCAAGCAGACGUUACAACAACAUAACUCUCUGGAGCAGUGGGCUGCCUGGCUGGACGGCGUGGUCUCCCAGGUCCUAAAGCCCUACCCACACAGCCCAGCAGCCUUCCCUCAGGCUGCCAAGCUCUUCCUGCUGCGGUGGAGCUUCUACAGUUCCAUGGUGAUUAGAGACCUGACUCUGCGUAGUGCUGCCAGCUUCGGAUCCUUCCACCUGAUCAGACUGCUGUAUGAUGAGUACAUGUACUACCUGGUAGAACACAGAGUGGCCCAGGCUAAAGGAGAGACACCCAUCGCUGUCAUGGGAGAGUUUGCCAGUGUGGGCAGGAGUCUGAACUGUCAGGACCCUGAUAAAGAUGAGGAAGAGGAUGAGGAGGAGAGUGAUGAAGAGGGGGUAGAGAUGACCGUGCCGUCUAACGCCGCUGGUCUGGGAGAGGGGGAGGAGUCACUGGAGCCGCCCAUCAAGCUAGCCAGGACUGACCCCCGGGGACUGUUCAAUACCACACACACAGAGUGACUCACACACACCCAACACACACACACACACCCUCAACAACACACACACACUCAACAACACACUCAUCCUUUGCCUUAAUAAUAGUUUGCUAUGAGCCCGUUUGUGAUCCCAAUGCCAUUAAGUUCCUUAUCUGUUCCUGCAACCUCACACACCCUGUCUGUCUGCACCUUGAUCUCUCUCUCUCUGUGUGUGUGUGUGUGUGUGUGUGUAAGCGAAGGAGAGGUUUCACAGCUUACCUUUUCAUCUCUUUUAGUUAUCAUGGUUCCUCAUCACCUUCAUUGUGACAUCAGAGACUGUGACCUCUUCACUAGACACACUGGUCCUUCAUUGUGACAUAAGAGACUGUGACCUCUUCACUAGACACACUGGUCCUUCAUUGUGACAUAAGGGACGGUAACCUCUUCAUUGUGACAUAAGACGGGUAACCUCUUCACUAGACAGGGUAACAGUCUGUUCCAGAUUUUACCAAUUUAUCCCACUAAUUAACAUUACCACUAGUUUGGCAACUUGUUGUUGGAUGCAGAAACAGUCUUGUAGGAAUACCGUGGCUGAGAUUCAAUCUGAGGUGUGUUGUAGCACCCUGAACAUUUAAAGGUAAUAUCUGACUGAACUGACAUGCAACAUUUACCGUGAACACGCUGAGGAACACUGCCUUUAAAUGGGGCACUGUCAACAGAGGUCUACAACGUACCUCUGACUGAGCCGACAUGCAACAUUUACCGUGAACACGCUGAGGAACACUGCCUUUAAAUGGGGCACUGUCAACAGAGGUCUACAACGUACCUCUGACUGAGCCGACAUGCAACAUUUACCGUGAACACGCUGAGGAACACUGCCUUUAAAUGGGGCACUGUCAACAGAGGUCUACAACGUACCUCUGACUGAGCCGACAUGCAACAUUUACCGUGAGCACGCUGAGGAACACUGCCUUUAAAUGGGGCACUGUCAACAGAGGUCUACAACGUACCUCUGACUGAAUCCCUUCCUAUAUGUCCCUGUCAGAGGUCUACAACGUACCUCUGACUGAAUCCAGACCUAUAUGUCCCUGUCAACAGAGGUCAACAACGUACCUCUGACUGAAUCCAGACCUAUAUGUCCCUGUCAACAGAGGUCUACAACGUACCUCUGACUGAAUCCAGACCUAUAUGUCCCUGUCAACAGAGGUCUACAACGUACCUCUGACUGAAUCCAGACCUAUAUGUCCCUGUCAGAGGUCUACAACGUACCUCUGACUGAAUCCCUUCCUAUAUGUCCCUGUCAACAGAGGUCUACGACGUACCUCUGACUGAAUCCAGACCUAUAUGUCCCUGUCAACAGAGGUCAACAACGUACCUCUGACUGAAUCCCUUCCUAUAUGUCCCUGUCAACAGAGGUCAACAACGUACCUCUGACUGAAUCCAGACCUAUAUGUCCCUGUCAACAGAGGUCAACAGUGUACCUCUGACUGAAUCCCUUCCUAUAUGUCCCUGUCAACAGAGGUCAACAACGUACCUCUGACUGAAUCCAGACCUAUAUGUCCCUGUCAACAGAGGUCAACAACGUACCUCUGACUGAAUCCAGACCUAUAUGUCCCUGUCAACAGAGGUCUACAACGUACCUCUGACUGAAUCCAGACCUAUAUGUCCCUGUCAACAGAGGUCUACAACGUACCUCUGACUGAAUCCAGACCUGUAUGUCCCAGUCAAAAGUUUGGACACACUCAUUCCAGGGUUUUUCUUUAUUUGUACUAUUUUCUACAUUGUAUAAUAAUAGUGAAGACAUCAAACUAUGAAAUAACACGUAUGGAAUCAUGUACUAACCCAAAAUAUAUAUAUUUGAGAUUCUUCAAAGUUGCCACCCUUUGCCUUGAUGACAGCUUUGUCUUCAUUAUUAUUCUACAAUGUAGAAAAUAGUAUAAAUAAAGAAAAACCCUGGAAUGAGUAGGCGUGUCCAAACAUUUGAUUGGUUCUGUGUGAGUCAGUCAACCUGCAUGGCUACAACCUUCUCUGUCCUCACCUUACCCACCCACUGUCCUGACUGCCAUAGAGAGAGAUUUACUGCGUUUGCUCGAGCCAGGUGUAGAGUUGAAACAGCUGUCGGUCUUCAGUCCUGAUGAUGUUCACUGACCUCUUAGACAACCACUUGGUGUGUCCCAAACGGCAUCCUAUCGGUACUUCAACAGGGCACCAUUUAGUGGACGGCUCAUCAAAGAUUCUAAGUAUGAAUAUGUUAAUAGCCCUCCGUGAACUGAGACUGAAGGGGUCUUGGAUUGAAUUGAUCAGUCAGACGCUCUAACAGUGGUGUCCUGAUGGGGGGUGUAGUUCCAUACAGGGCAGCAUUCAGAAAGGUACGUUUUAGUGUAUUUUUAUUAUUUGGCCAACUAAGAGAUGACCUGUGCCUUGUAGAGUGAGACAGCGCUGGUGGUUGAAUCCCAAAUGGCUCCCUGUAUAGUGCACUUUUUUGGACCUGAGCCCUAUUGACCAUGGUCUAAAGUAGUGUACUAUAUAGGGAAUAGGGUGCCAUUUCGAAGACAACCUGUGUUUUUAAUUAGAUCUGAUUAAUAAAGUGUUUCUAAACCUGUGCAAUCUGCCAUUUGUUCCUCACUCUUUGGUAAUGUAUUAUGAGUUAUAGCAGGCAUAUGUAGUGUCAUAAGAGAGAGGGCAGCCAUAAUGCAUCCUGUUUCCAUCCCAUUCAUUUGUCCCUCCAUCGUCAUGGCAUCCAUACACAACAGUAAAGUCAUAUCCCACCAGCAGGAUACAGACCUUCACAGAAACAUCUCUAAUCUGUGAUUGGUCAGAAGUCACAGCGAGAGCACAUGCAACGUUGUAUCCAUGGCAACCUUAACUGCCAGCUCGUAGAAUCAGCAAAAAGUCAGAACAGAUCAGUGAAUGUGUGUAUUUGAAAUAGAUGUUACUUUAGUGACUAUCAUAUUUAUUGAACCAUUAUGGCCUUAUUUCAACAGUAUGUGUAGCAUAUUUUGAUGUACUAUCCAGAGUAUUUAGCUACUGUAUUACUAUUGUACAAUCACAAGAUAUCUAGUAUAUGUUUUGUAGACCUUUGUAUUGAAUCGCUGUGACUAGAGUUUGUAGUUUCAGUACUCAGUCGUUGCCAUAUAAAGACGUGAUACCAGCCCACCUUUAGCCAUUAAAUACUUUACCAGU